AGAAAUCGUCAUCAAGAGAAGUUAGAGCAAAGAGAAAUUAGAAUUACCGGAAAGGAAAAUCGAACGCAACGCCGAUGGAUUCUUCGUCCAAAAACUUUCAAGAUAUUGAGCCUCAAAUCAAUUGGCAACAUUAUCCCGAGUCUCACGUUCUUACCGUCACCCUCAAAGAUUUCACAAGGAACGAUCUGAAAGUUCAGGUGACAUCCACCGGAAAGUUGAGGAUCACCGGCGAACGGAGGCUCACCAGCGGCAAGGGGCUCCGAUUCCUCAAGGAAAUCGUUAUCCCAGCAGAUGCCGAUUCAAGCAAGAUCUCUGCCAAGUUGGAGAAAGGCAUCCUCUACGUGACGCAGCCCAGAAAAACCUCCGCCGUCUCUUCCAACAACCCACCGGCUCAGCCACCGAAGCCCAAGGCGGAAUCCCAACCGCCGCCCACCGCCGCAAAACCAACUGAUCGACCAAAUACCCCAAAGAGCCAAAACGAGAGACCUCAAUCACAGGCAAAUGGGAAACAAAGAGCCACUCCUUUAAAGCCACAUGAAGCCGCCGAAGCGCCAGCGAGUACCCAAAAAUCCGGCGAGAAGCCCACCGCGGGAGGCGGAGAGCCGGUUGAAGAUUCAGCUGCGAAGGACAGAACAGAGGAAGAAACAGAGGAGAAGGCAAAAGCACAUACAAAGAAGAAAUUGCAGAAGAGAGUAGAAGGGGAAGGAACGGGGAAGGAAGAAAUUGGGUCAAAAAUGGGGGAGAAGGGGAAGGAAGGGGGCGGCCAUGGUAGGGGGGAGAAGGAAGGUGGAGUUGCAGAAGGGAGUGAAUGGGUGAGAAGAGGAGAAUGGUUGAGGACAAAUAUGGUGAAUUUGGCUCUUGGGGCUGCUGUGUUUGUGGUUGCUUAUUUCAAUCUUUACAAAGAAUGAUAAUAUGGAGGAAGGGUGAUGGAGAAGAAGAAGAAG